CCUUCCUACCUUAAUUUAAUCACUAUCAUUUGCAUGUCUUAGUCUAUAAACUUAUAUAUGUCUUACUCUAUAAACUUAUAUAUAAGGCUAACUGUAGGAUAUUAUCUCUCUCCUUACUUAGCCUCUCCCUUUGAUUUGUACAAAUAUGCUGGUUUGGGACACACAUUCAUUUGGAGUAAGGUUGGAGAGAGUGAGUGAGAAGGGCAAUAAUUAAAAACCUGUUCUGCAAGACAAAUUCUUGCAGUACAACUGUACUACUAGUCACCACUCCUGAGUGCAAAACAACCUCUUCCCCUGUUCCUUUCCUACUUGGUUUUUAUGGGUCUGGAUGCCUGGUAGGAAACAACACCCUUCUAGGCCCUCUUAACACCAACUUUUCUCAUAAUCCAACAUCACAUUUCUUUCUUAAUCAAUCUUAACUCUUAACAUUUUACUCUCUCUUUGUGUCUCCCAAGGUGUUGUGUUUUGUUGCUGCUGAGGUGAGUCUUAUAUUUUAGUAUUUUAUUUGUGUGUCUCCUAGGGACCCUGCUUGUUGUAUGAAUUUCUACCAAAUUUUUUAUCCUUUUCUCUUUGUUUUUUCCCCUGUGAAAAAAAUAAUAAUUAGACAAUUCCUUUUCCAUCGCUAUAGUGGUGCUAUAUAUACAGUUAAAUCACUCAUUCACUUCUGAGAAUAGGAUUGAUUAGUGAAAAUUGGUUGGUGGGAUUAACACCCAGAACGUCAAUAUCAGAACAAGGAAAGAAUAAUUGUGGGCGUGCUAGUAAUUAUAUGUCUUUGGUUGAGUCUUGGAUUAGAUGGGAUAAAUAUGAAUUAGGGUUGAGGAGGCUACAGGAAGAUCCACAAGCAUAAUUAAAGCAGAAAAUCACGAAGAUGAUGAUGGUUUAAAACAGAUUUAUUACAGCGAGUCAGAAUUAGAGAGAGCAUAGAGGGUUGAGAUCAAAACUAGCUUGCUAGAUCUUGGCCACACCACAGAAAGCAAACCUUGAUGGCAAUGAGAGGGCAACAAGAUAAGGAAAUAGAGAUACCAACCACAACCACAACCACUUUAGGUUACAACCUUCUUCCCAACCGAGAUUCUUCUUCUUCCUCUUCCAAGCUCUCUUCUCCAACUGUUGGUGAAAGAAGUAGCAGUGAUCAUGAUCAUCAAACUCACACAUUGAUCUUCAACGAAACACCUCACCAUAAUCUCUAUCCACCACCUCCUUCUCUUGCACCGCCUCAACCUCAAAGACCCACAUUAGAUCCAGAUCUAAGCACCCCAAUUGCUCCCACAUCGAACCCCCCAAGAACCUCGACCCCAUCGAUCAGGUACCGAGAAUGUCUUCGGAACCACGCGGCGAGCAUGGGGAGCCACGUGGUGGACGGCUGCGGGGAGUUCAUGGCAAGUGGAGAAGAAGGCACGCCGGAAUCACUAAGAUGCGCGGCGUGCGAGUGCCACCGCAGCUUCCACAGAAAAGAAGUUGAAGGAGAAUUACAACCGCAAUCGCUACCACAACAACAUGUUCCAAAUUACCACAGCUACUACACCAACAAGCACAACGGUCACUUUCACUACCCUACACCCUCUUCUUCAUCCCUUCAUCAUAGAUUGGUUGCCACUACUACCGCCACACCGAGCUUGGUCCCCCCAGUGAUGAUGGCCUUCGGAGGCCCAGCUGAGUCAUCUAGUGAAGAUCUCAUCAACAACACUGGAGCCCAGUUAUCAGUGCAGCAGCAGGCACCACUAACACACUCUUCCAACAAGAAGAGGUUCAGGACUAAGUUCUCUCAGCACCAGAAGGAUAGGAUGAUGGAGUUUGCUGACAAGAUUGAUUGGAAGAUCCAGAAACACAAUGAGCAGGAGGUACAGCACUUUUGUUCUCAAGUGGGUGUCAAGAGACAGGUUUUUAAGGUUUGGAUGCACAAUAACAAGCAAACUAGUAGUAGUAAGAAGCAGCAAAUGUAAGCCUUGUCUUCCUUGUUUGGAAAGAAAUAAAAACAAAAAGAGACCCCAGAUUAUUUUUUUUAAGUGAAUAAUAAUUGUAGAUUUAGAUGUGCAUAUAUGUUAUUCAAGCAGAGGAAGCCAGCUAGAUAAAUUAAUUGACAGCAGGUAUAACUU